AACCGCGUCUCUGAUUUCCCAGCCGCGGUGGAGCAAGUCAAUGCGCCAUGCCGGGAGCGUCCCCUUCAAUCGUAAUAUCUUAAGAAACGGCCUUUUAUCACCUUCAACGACAAAUUCGAUCAAGUCAAAACGUGAUGCGACACGCUCUGGGUUUCUACAUCAAUAGUGAGCCAUGGACACCACAGACAGUUCAUCAGUGACAGACCACUCUUCAGAUGAAAGUGGCACAUACUUCGACAUCCAGUAUGUAUUAGACGCCAAUUCCAAUGAUGACAAAUCCACCGGUGAGCCAGAGAACGGUAGAGAGCAAAAUCCAAAGUUACUCCUGAGGAUCCACCGCUGUACCAUGUGUAACGAGACGUUUGACAAGCCUUGGAAGCUGAAGAAUCACAAAUGUCCACACACAAAAGAGACCCAGACGACUCCCCAAUUGAUAAAGACAGAAGAAGAAGAGAAGCCAUUUCAAACCGAGGAUUCCAACAAGAAGACAAACCUGCACACGUGUCCAGUCUGCAACAAAGUUUUCAACUGUCCCUCCAGCCUAGAAAGGCAUAGAUGCAUCCCUGUCCGGAAUCGAAAGGUUAAAGUCGAGGCGCCAGACCCUUCAUCUGCAACAGACAAAAACAGCGAUUAUGUAUUGGAAUCGAGUGACGGCUCCACCUGCGGUGAACCGAAGAAUGGCAAAAAGCCUAGAAAGAAGGUCCUUAAGAAGAACCACGGUUGCACCCUUUGUGAAAAGAAGUUCGAAAAGCCUUCGAGGUUAGCGAGGCACAUGAGGUCACACAAUAGGAUGGCGAUGAUAAUUCGCCAUCGCUGUCUGAUUUGUGAGAAGACUUUUAAAGAUGAGGAGAAGCUAUUGCGACAUCAGGCUUCCCACAACCGGACCAACGUGCACCCAUGCCCUGACUGUGACAAAGUGUUCAACAGGCCGUCCAGGCUGGAGAGGCAUAAACGUACACACGCCAAGCAACCAAAGGAGCCCCACAAGUGUUCCUACUGCACCAAAACUUUCAAGAAACUUUACCAGCUUGUCCGACAUGAGCGGAUGCACACUGGCGAGCGGCCUUUUAACUGCUCCUUUUGCGGAAAGUCCUUCUCCGAGUUGGGUCACUGCAAAGCUCACGAAAAGACGCACAUGGAAAACCCAGAGAAGCCUCACCUCUGCACGGACUGCGGAAAGUCCUUCUUCAAGCCAUCCGAACUCGAUCGGCACAGACGUUCCCACACCGGGGAGAAACCUUUCCAAUGCACCGAAUGCGAUCGAAGCUUCUCCCGCUCAGAGAGCCUCAAGAGACACUUCAGGAGCCACACAGGGGAGCGACCGUUCACCUGCGAAUUUUGCAACAAGGCAUUUUAUUCCCGCAACGAUUUGAACAUUCACAUGUUGAUCCACACGGGGGAGAAGCCCCAUGUUUGCAUCGUGUGCGGGAAGGGUUUCACGCAGCGAGGCAACAUGAUCGAGCACAAGAAAAGUGUCCACUUCAAGUUGGAGAAGUAUGAUUGUACAGAAUGUAGCGCGAGCUUCAACCGGUACAAGUCGCUGAUGUUGCACCAGCGGGUACACACGGGAGAGAAGCCAUACCAGUGCUUACCAUGCAAUCGCAGCUUUUCUUGGAGCCACUGCCUCAGACGACACCGCAAGACUCUCGCUCACAAGCAGAUGGUCAACGAUGACGAUGCACCACCCAAAGACAUUGAAGAUGAAUUUCUCAACUUCACCGCCAACACAACUGAUCAAGUUGUUGAGGAUCCCACCAGUUUAACAAGUAAACUGUAAAGACAAGUCUCUGCAAACUUAAUCAUGUAGUUCAUCAGUGGCUACUAGAAUCCUUUGUUCCUUUUUCUAUUUUUAAUUCAUCAAUAUAGACAUUCUAUGCUUUCAUCUUUGUAGGAACAGAUAGGGCAAGGACACUUUCGAAUACAUUUCCUAAGAUUCCCAAUGAAAGAUAAUGCACUGUAAUCAGGGGACACUUGUUUUUGGGUUGUUUUUUUAAAAAAAAAUACAGUAUGUACAGUUCCAGUCAGUGGUUUACAUACAAUCAUCAUGGGCUUGAAUGUCCUAAUAAUAUUUUAUUUCAAUAUUUACAGGAUUGGCUAAAAAUUAUCAUGUUAAAAAAAACUACUUGGGUUACUGAUUUUCAAUUUAUUCUGGAUUUUCCUUAUUUUACACAGGGUCAAAAUUAUACACAGUGGCCCAAAUAUUCUGCGAAACACAGAAAUCCUAGAUCGCAAUGAUAGACCAAUUGCAUUCGAAUAUCUUUAAUCAUGGCAGUGGAAAGGUUUGAGAACAAAAUUACAAUGAUCAUUGGAAAUAAAAAUCAUGGAGUUCUGGAUUGAGAAUCAUACUCUUAAUAAAGAGCAUCAUUUCGACACGACUCAUGUUUUCCUCGGGGAUCUCCUCCCAGACAUUGGUCUUGGUUAGUGUCAACUCCUGGACAGUCUGCGGCGUGAUGUGGAGGUGAUGGAUGGAUUGAAACGUGAAGUUCCAAAGGUGCUUUUGUUUGGAGUCAGUCCCUCACAUCAAUGUAUGUGUCAUGCAGGAACUGCUGACACACCCCACCAUCAGUCAUGAGGCCAAGCAAUGUCAUGCAUCAGACAGAACCCGGAGAUCACUACACUAGCCUGUGGUUUAAGGAUCUCAUCCCGGUACCUUUGGUAUGUGUACCCGGACCAUCACUAAUUGCUAUCUAACCAGUGGAGGAUUUUGCAGGCAGCAGAACGGUUUCCUUGUUGUCUCUAGACUCUUGUCACAUCUGACCUUUCUCAUCCAUGCUGGACACAUUUUGUUAUUCAUUAACACUUUUACAGUUUAACCAGAUACUUGCCCUGAAACACAUCUAGAACUGUUUUUUUUUUUAUCCUUCCAGCAUUGUAGUCUUAUCAGAAGACUAUUUUCACUAGGAGUCCCAAUUCUAAACAACAACAUACUUUAGACAAGUAUAUCAGUCAGACAUUUUCCACUGUUUUAAAGGAUAAAUGCAUACAGUGUACUGUAUAUUAUGGACUGAAAUUUUGAAUGAGGAAAUUAAACAAUAUCCAAAUACGA